GGGCGCUUUAAUCCUUUAUCGGCUCCGAGAAAAGCUCUCCUCAACGCAAAUUCGUAGCCAUCACUACUUCUCCUGCUCUCUUUCACUGAGAGAAAAUGGAAAAAAGGACAGUUUUGUAAACAAUUUUCAAAAAUUGUGAAAACCCUAGCUUGCUCACUCUUAAUUCUAGGGCUUUUUCUUCGUGUAAGGCAUGUGGGAUGAAAUUGAAAGGCAUUGGCAUUCUGCUAUGAUGCUAUUGUAAGGAUGUUUGUUUUCUCGGUGUAACCAGCAAGGAAUUUGCCUCUCUUGAAGUUCUAGGAUAGCAGUACAUGACUUUGACUUCCUGGGAAACAAUCAAUAUGGAGUCUGCAUGAGUCAUAGACAGCCUGCUUUAGAGCUAAGAAGUGUAACUGUGUAAGUAGUAGUAUAAAGCUGAAACAAAAUCUGAAAAUGACUGAAACUGUUUAUAGUGGGACAGGAGAAUCCAAUGUCAAAUGUUCUGAUCCUGAGAGUGUUGAAAGAUUAUCUCUUUCAGAUAAUAUUCUUAAAAACUCAAAUUGUGAAUCCUUGGGGGAAAAUGCUAUUGAAUUUGAAUGUCAAAACAGAGAUUCUGAGCCGUUGGGGCAGACCAUGGCGAUUAGAAAUGGAAAUGCGGAGAGGAAACCAGCAGAAACCAGGGUAGCAGAAUUUGAAUUAGUAGGAGAAUUGUCUCCCAACUAUAUAUCUAUAGAUUCUAAUCAAGAGCAAAAGAGACCAGAGUUCAAAGAUUGCAGAGAAAAUUCCAAGACUGAGCAGAUAAUAUUUCCUUCUGGCAAUGAGGCAACUAAUUCUACAGUUGAAUAUUCAGCCGAACCUCUCCAAGUGAUGCCUGCCGUGUCUAUGGAUUCCAAUAAUGAGCAAAAGAUACCAAGCCUGGAAGAUUGUGGGCAAAAUUCCAAGAUUGAGGACAAUAUGGGAACUAGUUCUACAAUUGAGUCUUCAAUAGAACCUCCCAAAGAGUUACCCACUGAAAACAUCUUUACGGAUUCCAAUUUAGAGCAAAAGAAUCUGCCACUUAAAAAUUGUGGGUUUCAUUCCAAUCUUGUGAUGGCAUUGCCAUCUGAAAACAAGGACACCAAUUUUCCAGUUCAAUAUCCAGCAGAACCACCAAAUGAUGUGAUUAAAAAUCAUGAUUGUGAACAGUUAAAAGAAACUCAAAAGGAUGCAGUUGAAAUUCCCAGCGAACCUUUGGGGCCGAAAAGUGAAAAUGAUGAGAACCUAGGUGAAAGAACUAUAGUAGAAUCUGUCUGUAAUGAGGUACUACUUCCCUCUGGAGAUGUAGCUGUCAAUUCCAGUUUGGAGCAAAAGGAAUCAGCACCGGAAGAUUUAACAGUGGAUUCCAGCUUUAAGAACUUGGAAUUGCUACAUGAAAAUGAGGAAGCAAUUUCUAUAGUUGACCAUUUGGCAGAAUUACAUGGUGAUGCAUCUGAAAAUCCUGGCCAGGACUUGAGUAAAAUUCGUAGAGAUUCAAAUGAAAAUUCUACUCAGUUAGAAUGUGCAGAUGAAAGGCCUACUGGGUGUUCAAGGAAGAGGAAGGCUACAUUGGGAUCACCCGUAAUCAGUACCAUAGUACUACGCUCAAGAACACAAGAAAAACCAAAACCUGUUGAACCAAUUCAUGCUUCAGCAGAUGAUAGUGCCACUGAUGAAAAGAAAAGAAAAAGGAGAAAAAGAAAACAUAGUAAACAAAUUGCUGUAAAUGAAUUCUCAGGGAUAAAAUCCCAUCUGAGAUAUUUACUGAGUCGAAUAAAAUAUGAACAAAACUUAAUUGAUGCUUACUCUGCUGAAGGCUGGAAAGGACAAAGCUUAGAAAAAUUAAAGCCUGAGAAGGAGCUUCAACGUGCAAAAUCUGGGAUUUUCCAUUACAAACUGAAAAUUAGAGAUUUAUUUCAACGCAUCGAUACAUCACUUUCUCAGGGGAAACUUCCAGAAUCUUUAUUUGAUUCUGAGGGACAGAUCGAUAGUGAAGAUAUAUUCUGUGCAAAGUGUGGCAGUAAGGAUUUGCCAGCUGAUAAUGAUAUUAUCCUCUGUGAUGGUGCUUGUGAACGUGGAUUUCACCAGUUGUGUUUGGAGCCACCUUUGUUGAAAGAAGACAUUCCGCCAGGUGAUGAAGGCUGGCUGUGUCCUGGAUGUGACUGCAAAGUUGAUUGUACUGACUUGCUCAAUGAUUUGCUGGGUACUGAUCUUUCUGUUACCGACAGUUGGGAGAAGGUAUUUCCAGAGGAGGCUGCUGCUGCUGCAUCUGGAAAGCAGUUGGAUGACAUUUCUGGAUUACCAUCGGAUGAUUCUGAUGAUGAUGACUAUAACCCUGAUAAUCCGGAAGUAGAGGAGAAUGUUUCACAAGAUGAAUCAAACUCUGAUGAAAAUGAUUCCUCUGAUGCAUCUUUUGAUUUGGAGACCACUGCUAAUGAUGAUAUCCUCCAUGGGCUACCUUCUGAAGAUUCAGAAGAUGAGGAUUUUGACCCUGAUGCUCCUGACCACGAUGAGCAGGUUAUGCAAGAUAGUUCUAGUUCAGACUUUAGCUCUGACUCUGAGGAUUUUGGUGUAGUAUUUGAAAAUAACACAUCACCAGGCCAAGACCAACGUGAAAAAAUUAAAGUAGGUGGAGCAAAACAACACUGUUUGGAGACCACUGCUAAUGAUGAUAUCCUCCUUGGGCUUCCUUCUGAAGAUUCAGAAGAUGAGGAUUUUGACCCUGAUGCUCCUGAUCAUGAUGAGCAGGUUAUGCAAGAAAGUUCUAGUUCAGGUUUUACCUCUGACUCUGAGGAUUUUGGUGUAGUAUUUGAAAAUAACACAUCACCGGGCCAAGACCAAUGUGAAAAAAUUAAAGUAGGUGGAGCAAAACAACAGUCUUUGAAGGAUGAAGUAUCAUAUCUUCUGCAUUCCAGUACUGUUCUUGCAUCUGGGAAAAGACAAGUGGAGAGGUUGGACUACAAAAAGCUGCAUGACGAAACAUAUGGAAUUGCGUCCUCUGACUCUAGCGACGAAGAUUAUGAGGAUAAUUCAGCUCCCAAAAGAAGAAAGAAAGGAAGUGACAAAGCUGCUCUGAAGUCAUCUGAUCAAUCUCAAUUAGAUGCUAUGGACAAGAACUUCAAACAAAAUGAAUUUGAACAUACUGCUAAUAGAAGUGCCAGCAAUACUGCUAAUGAAAUUGAACAUACUGCUAAUACUGAUAAUAGAAGUGCCAGCAAUAUGGUUGUGUCUGAAUCUGGUUCAAGUGGUAAAAAAAAUCUCAGAUUUGGAGAAGAUGCGAUUAAGAGACUCAAUGAAGCCUUCAAGGAAAAUCAUUAUCCAAAACGAAACGUCAAGGAAAGCUUAGCUAGAGAAUUAGGAUUGACUCUCCGUCAGGUUGAUAAAUGGUUUGGAAAUACCCGAUGGAGCUUUUACCAUCCAUCAGCAUCACGCAAGGAACCAACUGCUAGUGAAACUCCUCCCAAAAGCGGGAUUUCUCUGCCACAAAUGGAAGAAGCCACACCCGAUGUUCAGGAAUGCCUCAAGGAAGAUGUGAGACUGUUGCAGCCGGAGACUAAAGAAACUGAUGUAAAAAACCAUACCACCCCAGAAUCCAAAACUACAAGCAAUGCUGAUGAUCAGGCGUCUAACCAAAGUUCCAAAACUCAGAGAUCAAAGAAGCGUAAUACCCAAGUUGAUAUUGCAAACUCUCAGCGGGCUCGUAGAAGCAACCGAUAACAGACUAAAACCCGCCCUUCUGAUCAAACCAAUUUUAAAUAGAACUUCCUGUGUAGCGCAUUACCUUUGACAAAAGCUAUUUCUAAAAUGGAGGAUUGAGAAAACUCGGUUUCGGAGGCAUGGAUUUAUGGAAUUGUGGAGUUCCCUUUGGAUACUUAACUCUUUUAGUCUCUUACCAAUUCUUCCCCAGGCAGUAAUGUAGGUUAGAACCUGGCUGGCCACCUGUCCAACCAAUUUUGGAUAUGUUUGCAAAUUGCAACCUUUUCAUUAUUUGUUUUAUCCAUAGAAGUUAUAUGUAUUUUUACAGAGUCGCAUUUCCAGACUAUGUUAUCUCUUCAGAAACCAUUUAUUUAGGGUUUUCAAGGUUAAGUUGUCGGUUGACCAAACUGUUCUGUAAAUCUGUACCUCUCAACUACAACUCUGGAUGAUAUGUAGAUGCUCAUGUAACAUUAUUGUAUCCUCCAUUUUAUGACAUUUCUUUUAAAUAA